AUGAUUUUACUAGAGCAGAAUAACAGGAUCAUCAGCGAGUUGUUGGAUCUCAAAUUCACCAACGCAAAAGAAGGUGGGAAACCGGACAAUGUGGAUGCUAAAUUUGCCGAUUUCGAUGGUGUUGUCUACCAUGCUUCGAACCCAGACGGAGACAAAACCAAGAUUCGACUGAGCAUCUCACUUAAGUUUUUCAAAGAGCUCCAGGAACACGGCACAGAUGCGCUUCUUCGCCGAGAGUACGGCUCAUAUCUGACCACUCCAGAGUCUGGGUACAAUGUAUCGUUGAUUUUUGAUCUCACCAAUCUUCCUGCUGACCAUAGCAGCCUCAUUGAGAAAGCAUCUGCCUUGAAAAGGAACUGCUUUGCUUCGGUUUUCGAGAAGUAUUUCGAGUUCCAAGAAGCUGGACAAGAAGGCCAGAAGAGAGCUGUUAUCAAUUACAGAGAAGAUGAGACUAUGUAUAUUGAAGCCAAGGCUGAUCGUGUUACGGUUAUCUUCAGUACAAUAUUCAAGGAUCCAGACGACGUUAUCAUUGGAAAAGUCUUCUUACAGGAGUUCCGUGAAGGUCGUAAAGCUAGUCAAACCGCUCCAGCAGUGCUUUACUCAUUGGGCGAGCCUCCUCUGGAAUUACGAGAUUUACCAGGCGCUCGCGUCGGAGAGAACUUCUAUUUCCACGACACACCAACUAAGAAAGCACGUGACAACACCAUAGAUUUGAUCCAUACAUUCAGCGAUUAUCUGCACUUAACCCAUCAAGUGUACAUGCAUUCGCGAAUGCGGUCAAAGACGAAUGAUUUUCUCAAGGUGCUCAAUCGUGCCCGUCCAGAAGUUAAGCUCGAAAAGAAGACGUUCAGUGGACGCUCCUAUGUACCAAGCUAG